UUUCUUUCUGCUCUUUCCUUAUUCCCUUACUUCAGGCGAGCAGAGCAGAGCGGGACUGAGUGAGAGGAGGACAGACGUGUGCGGACCAGAGCUCACCAACUCCACAAAGACAAGAGAGGAGCAGAGUUUGCAACAUCAGAGAAAGAAAGCAAGCAGCCCUGCUUUUGCAACAGCAAACUGUGGUGGAUAUCAAGGCUGCAUCAGUAGAAUUUUUAGAGGAACAAAAAAGGAUUUGUGUGCCAUCACAGCUGGGAAGAAAUAUUGCCUUUUUUUUUUCUUUCCCUUUUUAUAUCCACAUAAAAUCCAAUUAUUCCAGCAGACCUGUGAGGUGUGGCAGCACUCUUUUCAAAUCAAGAGCAGAGAAAGAAAAGGUGGACGGAGAGAGGUGAAGGGAAGAAGAGCAGACUGCCGUGGUGGUGAACAUGCCCAUUAGAGGUAGCAGUUUGGAGGCGAGCAUGGGCGGUCUGGCCGGACAGUGGCUGUGGGUGGUGAUGCUCUCUGCCCUGAUCAUUGGCAAUGCCAGCGCCUGCCCAGCCCUGUGUACCUGCAGCGGCGUCACAGUAGACUGCCACGGACUGGGUCUCAAAACCAUGCCAAGGAAUAUCCCCCGCAACACUGAACGAUUGGAACUGAAUGGAAAUAACCUGACACGCAUCACCAAGAGCGACUUUGCUGGACUGAAGUAUCUCCGAGUUCUGCAGUUGAUGGAGAAUCAAAUUACGGUGAUCGAGCGUGGGGCUUUCGAUGACAUGAAGGAACUGGAGCGACUGCGGCUGAACCGUAAUCAACUGCAGCAGCUUCCUGAGUUGCUGUUUCAGAAGAACCCUGCCCUGUCGCGACUAGAUUUGAGCGAGAACUUCAUCCAGUCCAUCCCCAGAAAGGCCUUCAGAGGAGCCACGGACAUCAAAAAUCUCCAGCUGGAUAAAAACCACAUCAGCUGCAUCGAAGACGGAGCCUUCCGAGCUCUGAGAGGCCUGGAAGUAUUAACGCUGAACAACAACAACAUCAGCAGCAUCCCCGUCUCCAGCUUUAACCACAUGCCCAAACUCCGAACUUUCCGACUCCACUCCAACAAUCUGAACUGCGACUGUCAUCUGUCCUGGUUGGCCCAGUGGCUCAGACAGAGGCCUACAAUUGGUCUCUUCACUCAGUGUACAACCCCCACGGAGCUCAGAGGACUCAACGUGGCAGAGAUCCAGAAACACGAAUUCAGCUGCACAGGAAACCAGGAGUCUUCAAGCAUGCAACCCUGCAGCACAGGGGGAGGCUCUUGCCCAGCCAUGUGUACCUGCAGUAACAACAUUGUGGACUGUAGAGGGAAGGGCCUGACCGCCAUUCCUGCCAACCUGCCUGAAAACAUGGCCGAAAUACGUCUGGAGCAGAACGGGAUUAAGUCUGUUCCUCCCGGAGCCUUCUCUCCCUACAAGAAGCUGCGUAGGAUAGACCUGAGCAACAACCAGAUCUCGGAGAUCGCUCCCGACGCCUUCCAGGGCCUGCGCUCCCUCAACUCCCUCGUGCUGUAUGGAAACAAGAUCACUGACCUGCCCAAGGGGGUGUUUGACGGCCUCUACGCCUUACAGCUGCUGUUGCUGAAUGCCAAUAAGAUUCACUGCGUUCGUGCCAACACCUUCCAGGACCUGCAGAAUCUCUCGCUGCUAUCGCUCUACGACAACAAGAUCCAAACCCUCGCCAAGGGCACCUUCACUUCACUGCGAGCGAUACAGACCCUCCACCUGGCCCAGAACCCGUUUAUCUGUGACUGUAAUCUGAAGUGGCUGGCGGACUACCUGCGCUCCAACCCCAUAGAGACCAGCGGCGCUCGCUGCGCUAGUCCUCGCCGUCUCGCAAACAAACGUAUUGGACAAAUCAAGAGCAAGAAGUUCCGCUGCUCUGCCAAAGAGCAGUACGUCAUCCCAGGGACGGAGGACACCCGUCUGAAUAACGCCUGCAACAGCGAUCCAGUGUGUCCUCCCAAGUGUCGGUGUGAAUCGAAUGUAGUGGACUGUUCCAACCUGAAGCUCACCAAAAUCCCAGAGCACAUCCCCGCAUCCACCACUGAACUACGCCUCAACAACAAUGAGAUCACGACUCUUGAUGCAAUUGGAGUCUUCAAGAACCUCUCCCAGCUCAAGAAAAUCAACCUCAGCAACAACAAGAUCACAGAUAUUGAAGAUGGGGCAUUUGAAGGUGCGUCCUCUGUCAUCGAACUCCAUGUCACGGCCAAUCAAAUUGACUCGGUUCGAAGCGGGAUGUUCCGAGGCCUAGAGGGGCUGCGGAUGCUGAUGUUGAGGAACAACAAGAUCAGCUGUGUCCACAAUGACAGCUUCACUGGUCUCCACAACGUCCGUUUGCUUUCUCUCUAUGACAACCAGCUGACCACAAUCACCCCCGGAGCUUUUGACACACUGCAGACGCUCUCCACUCUUAACCUCCUGGCCAACUCCUUCAACUGCGACUGCCGGCUGGCCUGGCUCGGGGACUGGUUGAGGACCAGGAAGAUUGUGACGGGUAACCCUCGCUGUCAACGUCCAGCCUUCCUGAAGGAGAUCCCCCUGCAGGAUGUGGCUCUGCCGGACUUCCGCUGCGAGGAGGGCCAAGAGGAGUCCACCUGCGUGCCCCGACCCCAGUGUCCCAGUGAGUGCACGUGCCUUGAGACGGUGGUGCGCUGCAGCAACAAGCACCUCCACUCACUACCCAGAGGCAUCCCGAGAAAUGUGACUGAACUGUAUCUGGAUGGAAACCAGUUCAGCGUCGUCCCGAAAGAACUGUCUACCUUCAAAUACCUGCAGCUGGUAGACCUGAGCAACAACAAGAUCAACUCUCUGACCAACUCAUCCUUUGCUAACAUGAGCCAACUUACCACUCUAAUCCUGAGCUACAACUCCCUGCGUUGUAUCCCCAAAAUGGCUUUCAGCGGGCUGCACUCUCUUCGACUGCUGUCUCUUCAUGGGAACGAUAUUUCCGAGCUUCCUGAUGGCAUCUUUAAUGAUGUGGCCUCACUUUCCCAUUUGGCCAUCGGCGCCAACCCGCUGUACUGCGACUGCCACCUGCGCUGGCUGUCUGACUGGGUAAAGACGGGAUACAAAGAGCCUGGAAUCGCCCGCUGUGCCGGCCCACCCGGCAUGGGGGGCAAACUGCUCCUCACCACACCUGCAAAGAAGUUUGAAUGUUCAGGGGAGGUGGACACUACAGUGCUGGCCAAGUGCAAUCCCUGUCUGUCCGGUCCUUGUCUGAACCACGGCAUCUGUCACGACGACUUGGUGGAGGUCUACAGGUGCAGCUGCCCCCCAGGAUUCAAGGGCAAAAACUGUGAGACGGCCUUGAAUGCCUGCAUCAGUAACCCCUGCUCUAACGGAGGGACCUGCCGAGUGAGCGGGCAUGACGAGGGAGAUUACAGUUGCACGUGUCCACUGGGCUUUGAAGGCCCCACUUGCCAAAUCAACAUUGACGACUGUGAAGACAACGACUGUGAAAGCGGAGCAACCUGCAUUGAUGGAAUCAACAACUACACCUGUUUUUGUCCCCCCUACUACACAGGGGAGAUGUGUGAAGAAAUGGAAGAUGUGUGUGCUCCAGGACGGAGCCCCUGCCAACACCAGUCUACCUGCCUCAUCACCUCCUCUGGACCCAAGUGUGUGUGUUCUCCUGGUUACGUUGGUGACGACUGCAGCAUCGACUAUAAUGACUGCGAUGAGCAUCGAUGUCAGAAUGGAGCUCAGUGUGUGGAUGAGCUGAGUGGAUAUUCCUGCAUCUGUCCCGAAGGAUUCAGCGGGCAGCUGUGCGAGGUUCCACCGUCUCCUCUGUCUCUGUGCGAGCUCGCCGACUGCCAGAACAGCGCCCCCUGUGUGGAGCGAGGGGGCCGCGCCCUCUGCCAGUGUCCUCCAGAGUUUGGGGGGCCGCGCUGUGAGAAGCUGGUCAGCGUCAACUUCAUCGACAGAGACUCUUACCUACUGCUCUCUGACCUCAAGAACUGGCCUCAGGCUAACAUCACGCUGCAGGUGUCCACAGCUGAGGACAACGGUAUCUUGCUGUACAAUGGAGACAAUGACCAUAUUGCAGUGGAGCUCUUCCAAGGCCAUGUAAAGGUUAGCUAUGACCCCGGUAGCCAGCCAGGACACGCCAUCUACAGUACCGAGACUAUCAAUGAUGGUCAGUUCCACACAGUGGAGCUGGUGACCUACGACCAGAUGGUGAACCUGUCCAUUGACGGGGGUCUCCCUACCACAAUGGACAGCUUUGGGGCGGUGCGGCCCCUCAACGGGGAAGCUCCGCUAUACGUGGGGGGUAGGGGCCCUCUCCAGAACACACCUCCCUCCUCUGCAGGCAUGCCGGUGGACGUCCAGGCGGGUACUUUCCGUCUCUGGCAGAUCCAGAACGGCUCCAGUUUCCAUGGCUGCAUUCAGAACUUGUACAUCAAUAACGAGCUCCAAGACUUCACCAAGACCCAGAUGAAGCCCGGCGUGGUACCGGGCUGCGAGCCCUGCAAAAAGCUCUACUGUGUCCAUGGCAUCUGCCAGCCUGAUGGGGCCCAGGGACCGGUGUGUCACUGCCAGCCAGGCUGGAGCGGGCCACACUGUGACCAGCCAGCCCUCAACCCCUGCCAAGGCAGCAAGUGUGUCCAUGGGAAGUGCAUCCCACUGGACGCUCAGUCGUACCGCUGUGAGUGUGACGACGGUUACCGUGGCGCCCUGUGUAACCAACAAGGAGAGCUGUUCAACCCCUGCCGCCGGCUGUCCUGCAAACACGGCCGCUGCCAGAUCUCAGAGACAGGAGACGCAUACUGUCACUGUGAAAGCGGCUACACCGGUGAACUCUGUGACGCAGAGUCUGAGUGUCGAGGGGAGCCUGUGCGGGAUUUCUACCAGGUGCAGCGGGGGUACGCCAUCUGCCAGACCACGCGCAUGGUGUCCUGGGUGGAGUGCAGUGGAGCCUGCGACACAGGAGCCUGUUGCGCCAGCCAGAGGAUGAAACGCCGGAAAUACACCUUUGAGUGCAGCGAUGGAACCUCCUUUAGUGAAGAAGUGGAAAAGACCAUCAAGUGCGGCUGCGUGAGCUGCAUGUAGCCCCCACUCACACGCAUUUUUCUGCUGCUGCCGCAGAGCAGAAGAUAGAAAGCAAGGAAGGAAAGAAGGAAGAGAGAAGACUGGAGGAAAGUGAAGGAGGGAAAGCAAGAAAAAGAGAGAUUAUACAGAAUAUAUAUAAAACCUCUAUCUAUAUAUUAUGGACAACAAUGUUUGUAAAAUAGGACAUUUAUUCCCCCUCUGAGGGUGUGACCUACAGUAAAACCGAGAAAAUCAACGAUGUAGAAGUGACAACAACAGCAGCAAAACCAAUUUAUCUGCAACAUUGUUCAAAGGGGUCCAGAGAUUUCAUAAGUGUUGCAUCCAGUGUGAAGCAUCCUUCCAACCCACAUUAUCCCGUGUGACUUCCCCAUCCAUCUGUGAGGCCUCUGACAGCUCAGCCAGCAUCUUCCAUCUGUAUGUUGUGGAGGCAAUGAGGUCCGUUGGGGCUAACGAAGGCAGCGGAGGCAGAGACGAGCAGCAAGGAAGCAAACAUAGGGAUAAGGGGCGCGCUGGACCGCUUGACUUGGCAAAGCUAUCUUGAGUUGAGCUUGGCUAUGCAGCCUGGAUGGUGACGGAUGUGGUUAAGGUCGAAGUUGUCGUCGAUUUGGUGGAGCAAAGUUCUCUGCCAGGAUACGGUCAUUCAUCCACACACGCACACGCAAAGGUGAGUGGAAGGGAAGAGGAUGUAUGUCUAGAGCGGCACAUAAUCUGGGGCAGAUGUCGUCGAUUCAAGGCAAGGUGGUCUGGCGUCGCAGCUGUUGGCUGCGCGCAACCGCAACAUAAAAACUCCCUGCAAAUAGAGACUGCACAGACGAGCAGCACUGAAAACGACAGUUUUACACCUCUGCGGAGCAGAUGAUCACAUAUGCAUGGCGUGCACGCAGUCAGAACACGGCUUGAGAAGGCUUGCAUAGCCCAGCUGCAGCGCGGUGCAGGCAGUCGUUGAACCCCCAGCAUGCAUCACCUCGGGUUCUAUGAGGUUUUGCAGAAUCCCAGUCCCCCCCUACCCUUGAGCAAGGGCCGAUAAACCCUGCUCCCAUUGAUGCCUGCAGUAUUAAACUUGUGCAGACUGUUGCAUGUGUGAAGAAGAGUUUAACAGAUAUGUAGAGCUUCUUUGUGUCAUUAUAAAUGUUAUUACAAAAGAUAUUAGAAUCAUCUUCUGUUUUGUUUAUUAUUUUGUUCUGUCUCUUUUUUUUAAUUUUUGUUAUAGUUUGUUAUAUUUUGUCUCAUGAUGUAAUCUAACUCCCAUCGCUCCCCGAGCCCACCCUUACAACCCUUUAUAUAGAAACGCCUAACAGAUUCUAAUAUAUAUAUAUACAGUAUAUAUAUAAAUAUAUAUAUAAAUAUAUAUUUGUAUUUCGUUUUGGUAUAGUAUUUUUCUAUGUUAAGAGCAAGUCUGUUUCUGGAAGUGUUGGGACUAGUGGAAAGACAUCCAAUUGGUUCUUUAGGUGUUUUUAUUUGUUUAUCUUACCUUCUCCAGCAAGGUAAAUCAUUAUGUUUAUCGGCCAAAAAUGCAGCAGCUGGUUGGCGUCGUUGUGUAGGAGGCAGUAUUGGUCCAGUUAUGUUUAAUAUUGUAUAUGUUGUCUUCCAUGUGAAUAUUACAUCUAAUUCAUGAGUCUGUGCUUGUUUUUAUUUAUUUUAUCUCAAGGCAUUUUCAUGUAGAAAGUGAAAAAGCAUUCAAAUGUUUUAAAGAUGAAAGAAGGUAAAUUACUUAAUGAAAAUAGCAAAAUCUCUGCAAGGUGUUUGUAACAUAACUUAUCAGCGUUUUAUGGCGGUGUUUUCCUCCUCUGUGGCUCAAACGUUUGGUCAUUCCUUGUUCGCUGCAGGAUCUGUUUUGAGCUCAUCUCAGCGGACGGGCCGCCACAAGUUUCCCUUGUAAUUAACAGCGCAGGUGAAGGCUCCUGGUCGUUUAAGUUCAUUAUGUUCAAAUAAUGAGUAGCAUAGUAAUCAUUUGAAUCUCAGAGAUGUUUGCCGAGGGGAGAAAAAAAAGAAAAAAAAAUAUUUUAAGUUUAGUCAAGCUCAACUGAUCAUAAGCUGCUGUCAAGCCAGAAGAAAUCAGAUGAAGUUGCCUCCAUGGACACUGAUCAUGUUCAAGUGGAUCUUUCUUUCAAUAGGCAACUGUGUGAAGCAUUAUAUGCCAACUUCUGACAGAUAUCCGGACAUUUUCAUUGUCUGUCAGUUCUGACUGGCUAUCCAAUCCCGCCCCGCCAUAAAAAAGGAAAAAUAGGUGCCAAUUACAGUGGAAAGUCAUACCUGAAUGUAUAAAUGUGUAUAGAUAAAUAUGAGCUAUGCUUAUUCAUGAAGUGGUAACUUUUAGCUGUUAUUUAGUUUCCAAUGUAAGAUAUAGAAGUCACAUCCUGUUGAAAGAGUGACAGCCCAUCAGGCACUGUUCUGCCUGCAGACUGGGAUUGUAUGUCUCGAAAUGUCUCUAUAAAGGUAUAAAAAGCUGCAGAGGGAGAUGUCAGCACAGUACAAUGUUACAUCACGCAGCUCUUGUUUUUAUUGCUACCAAUGUUAACUUUGUUUUACAUGCCGUUGAUGUGAUGCCAGUGGUGUAUAACAAAAUGACAAAAGAUCUCAAAGAACACCUGGUAAACAGUCACUGUAAUACUUAGGCAGUGUGCCUCAUAAAGGUACAUAUUUAAUCGAAUGUGACUUUCGUUUUCAUGGCUCCUCUUCUUCCUCUGCACUGAUCUGUACUGGACCGGAGCGUUCAGUUUCCUGGUAGACAUCUUAGUGGUGCUUGUGCUAUAUUGAGAUGUAACUCCAUAAUCUGGCCACAUGACCAGAAACACAGAUCUUUCCAUCCUAUGAGCUAUAUACGUAAAUGUUAUUGUGAACAACACAAUGUCUCUGUUGUAUUAAUAUGGUGCAAAAACUUAAGAAAUAUCCCUGGUUGGGUUCUGUCUGUUUGCUUUUAUGUUGCAGGACUGAUGGUGGGAUUGAACUGAAAAACUCAAUUAUGCUGAAUGUAUGUAGUGCCACCGACAAAAUGUUUACCAAACUUCCACUCUUUUCAUUAAUUAAACUUCAAAUGUGUGUGCUUUUAGGAAUGUUUUUGUCUUUCUUUGUCUUAAUGGUUCUUCCUUUGUUCCUUCUUCCUGUAAUUGACCUUUUGUUUCUGUAAA